AUGCGAUUCUCAACCCCCGCAGCCCUUUUGACAAUUGGCAGUCUCUUUGGAGCUGCUGUUGCUCACAACAUUCAACUCGCAGCUCAUGGCAGAGAGUGCUUUCACGAACAACUUCAUAAGGAUGACAAGAUGACGGUUACAUUCCAAGUUGGAGAUAGGGAGUUUGGCAGUGCUGGCAAUUUGGAUAUCGACUUUUGGAUCCAAAACCCCGCCAACGGGUACGAGGCACACGAACGAGCUGUAUCUAAUGGAGAUCACUCAUUUACUGCCAACCAUGACGGCAAAUACCUAUACUGCUUCAGCAACGAGCAUUGGUCCGCAUCUAGCAAAGAUGUAUCUUUCAAUGUUCACGGCAUUGUCUAUGUACCAGAGGCAGAAGCUCCAUCGGACCCCUUAGAGGCAGAAGUUCGACAAUUGUCUGACCUCCUUGCUCAAGUCAAGGACGAACAAUCAUACAUUGUUUUGCGCGAGAGAACCCAUCGUAAUACAGCAGAGAGCACAAACGGCAGGGUCAAGUGGUGGAGUAUCUUCCAGAUGGGAGUCUUGGUUGGCGAAGGCAUCUUCCAAGUUUGGUGGUUGAAACGAUUCUUCGAGGUAAAGAGCCACAGUACCGAACGCUACGGCGUUUUGAGCCGGUAGCUGAUUGACUUGCGUAGGUCAAACGCGUUGUUUAAGAGUGCGCAUCAAGCAUGUUUCGUUCAACCAGUUCGGCAUAACUUCU